AUGUCAAGAGAGACGACCGCGAUCGACGCGACUCCAUCUCUACAAUCGCCCGAACAACAGAGUAACACCAUGGGCUACAUGUCUGUCACCAGCGUCCCCGGCUCCUUCACGAUACCAUUCAGGACUAUACCUCCUGUAAAGGAGGCCGUGAAGAGCCUUCCAGCGGUCAAGAUUGAUAACACGCAGCCGACACCCCGUUCUAACGACCACUUCUGCUUCAGCAGCCCAACAACAGCAGCAACAACAAGACGUAAAACUCUGGAAUCUGAUCAUAUGCCUAUGUUGGAGUCUGAGCUAGAAUCCGAGAUUGAGUCAGAGGCCGAGACGUAG